GGUUGUGCUCAUCAUUUUAGAGCAGUAGCUGUGAGAGUGAGGGUGUUAAGCAGCGAAUGGGGACACGAAGCUUCAAUCACUGGAUGGAGGAGAUGAAUUUGUCGCCGGAGUUCUGACAUUUCAGAAAUACCAUGUGAUUAUUUGAAUUUAACAGUUUAAUUAUGUUGGGUACCCAGAAAGGUCAAGCCUCACAAAGGAAGCCAGCUUACAACAAAAACAUGAAGAAGCUCCGUGCCUCUAGCAUGGUUAGCAACCUGGCACAAGGCUGGCAGCAGUGGGCGAAAGAUAACGAGAAGAAACAGGCCAGCGAACCCAGCGGCUGGAGUCCAUAUUCUCUGGAAGGACCUAAAGAGGAACCAAGAAAGACAUGGGACCCCAAAGCAGCCAGAGCACAUGUUCCCACUCAGAACCAGCCUGCAGAGGCCUCUGUAGCUCAUGUUCCUGUUUCUGGAAAGACUCAAAAACCCGAUCUUCAUAAGGAGACCCAAGAUGCAGCCGGGAAAGAGGCCAAGAGCUCCGCCGGGCCUGUGGUUGUGUGUCCUAUCAAGACAAAGCAGGUGGUGAAGACUGUGGCCAGUGUGGCUCAAGAGAAAAGCACCGGUAUUGGACUUCUAACCGAACGGAUCACCAAGGAGCCAUUGCCAUCGGGUGAGGAGAUCGACCGGAUACUGAAGAAGAAAAGCUCACCCACACUGCGGAGAAAGUGCUCCAACGUGGUUUCAUCACUAAGAAAAAGCUGGAAGCAAGUGGAAAAUGAGCAAAAACUUGGACUAGAAGAGGGAGGACCAGCAGAUGGACUCACCAGUGGUGUUAACAGAAAGAAAAGUGGACAUCCAGAGGCAGAGAAGGACAGAGCAGAUACAGAGGGUCAAACGUACAGAGCAAUCUCGCUGACAGAAGUAGACAGUGAAGAGUCUACACUGAAGAUCAAAAGACCUCCAAUAUUCAAAAAGGAAGCUGAAGAUGCCAACAAGAUUAAUGCCUUCUCCAAGAAAUACAGUGCUGUGGGAAACCUGAAGAGCCGCUGGCAGAACUGGGCCUCAGAGCACAGCGACAACCAGAAACUAAACCCCUUCAGCGAAUACUUCGACUAUGAUUACUCCAUGUCAUUCCGCAUCCAAAAAGGCCAAGAGGGCUACGGGCGCCCCAAGGAGGGCAGCAAAACUGCAGAAAGGGCCAAAAGGGCAGAGAAGCACAUCCACCGAGAGAUGGACGACAUGUGCUACGUGAUCAGGACCAUGGUCGAUCCGGACCCAGACGGAAAGACCCGGGUUACGUUCGGUCAGCUGUUCGACAGAUAUGUGCGAAUCUCCGAUAAGGUGGUGGGGAUUUUAAUGAGAGCGAGGAAACACGGGAAGGUGGAUUUUGAAGGGGAGAUGUUGUGGCAAGGACAGGACGAUGGCGUCAUAAUAACUCUGUUGGUUUGAUAUUAAUACUG